AUGGAGUACACCACCGCCACCACCUCGACUGGGGAGCAGAUAGUCGUUCAGACAUCCAAUGGACAGAUCCAACAGGUGGGUAACUAUGAACUGCUGCUGUGUUGAAUUCAUUCAUGUUCAAAACCUCUCAAUCAGUUGGGCCUAAAAAUCAUAUCUAGAUAUAUAUUUUUUUCAAACUUAUGGGUGAUUCACAAUAUAUCUAUUAUAUAUUAAAGGUCAAAUACACUGCAUUUCAAACAGUCAGCAAUAAUCUAAUGAAUUUGGGGCUUGUGAAAUUAUACCUAGGCUAAAUAUAAGCCUUCCACAGCCAUAAGACCCACUAAUAAUGUAAUUAGUUUAUCAAAAUAGUUUAACCUGCUUUUUGGCAAUAAUAACUGAUCUGGUUUUCAAGUCUGUCUAUGAAAAUGCCCUUUUUUGUUACACAUUAAGCCAGAACCAUAAUGCACAUUCACUAAUAAUGACUAACUUCUUGUAGCAGGCAUUAUAGAAAAUGAACACGGGUCUCGUGAACAAUCCCUCAAUCACAAGCCCACGUGCUAGUGAGUAGCCAGCUAACCUUUAUAUUCCAACUUGGCUCAAUUUGCUAGCUAACAAGGUAGAUCAGUUGAAUUUCAUCUCCAACUGUUUGAACAGCAUGCUAGCAAUUUGAAGAGUUAAGACUCACAGGUCCUCAACUGGCAGCUUCAUUAAGUAGUACCCUCAAAACUCCAGUCUCAACGUCAACAGUGAAGAGGCGACUCCGGGAUGCUGACCUUCUAAGCAGAGUUGCAAAAAAAAAGUCCAGUGUCUGUGUUCUUUUGCCCAUCUUAAUCUUUAAUUUUUUAUUGGCCAGUCUGAUAUAUGGCUUUUUCUUUGCAACUCUGCCUAGGUCAGCAUCCCAGAGUCGCCUCUUGAGUUGAGGACUAGACACUCUAAUGUAUUUGUCCUCUUGCUCAGUUGUGCACCGGGGCCUCACACUCCUCUUUCUAUUCUGGUUAGAGCCAGUUUGCGCUGUUCUGUGAAGGGAGUAGUACACAGCGUUGUACGAGAUCUUCAGUUUCUUGGCAAUUUCUCACAUGGAAUAUCCUUAAUUUCUCAGAACAAGAAUAGACUGAUGAGUUUCAGAAGAAAGUUAUUUGUUUCUGGCCAUUUUGAUCCUGUAAUCGAACCCACCAUUGCUGAUGCUCCAGAUACUCAACUAGUCUCAAGAAGGCCAGUUUUAUUGCUUCUUUAAUCAGCACAACAGUUUUCAACUGUGCUAACAUAAUUGCAAUUGGAUUAGCAAACACAACGUGCCAUUGGAACACAGGACUGAUGGUUGCUGAUAAUGGGCCUCUGUACGCCUAUGUAGAUAUUCCAUUGAAAAUCAGCCGUUUCCAGCUACAAUAGCCAUUGGCAACAUUAACAAUGUCUACACUGUAUUUCUGAUCAAUUUGAUGUUAUUUUAAUGGACAAAAAAAAUUGCUUUUCUUUAGAAAACAAGGACAUUUCUAGGUGACCCCAAACUUUUGAACGGUAGUGUUUGUGGUAGUGGAGUAGGGGCCUGAGGGCACACACUUUUUGUGUUAUGAAUGUAAUGUAAUGUUUUAAAAAUUGUAUAACUGUGACACAACAAGCAAUGUGUAGUGUAGAGAAUCAUUGUUAUAUCUAAACCAUUGUAAAAAGGUAUUUUCCAUAACCAAAAAUAUUGUCUUUUCAGCUGUUUGAAGCUGGUGUAUAAAACCGAAAGUAAAAGAUGCAAAAAUGAAACUUAAGAACAGGAAGCAUAGAAAUAGCGCACAUAGAACAGAUCUACCGCUUCUUAGACUUGCUUUCAAUGAGAAUGACAGAUCUAUAACUUACAUUUCUAUGUGAAUUCGGUUGGGUCGUCCAAAAAGUUACAUAUUAAGACUUUUUAUGCUAGAUGUUUUCUAAGACCCUUUUCAUCUGUUUGACCAGAAAUCAAAGCCUUUGCUUAUUCCUCAUUUUUAGGAAGGGAAAUGGUUGAAAAAUGAAUAUAUGCCUUAAUAAAAAAAUAAAAGUAAUCUUAGCUUUCAUUUGACACCAAAUUUGGUGUGCUCCUAUGAACUUCACAUGUUCGUGCUCAUGGGACUUUUUACAUGGAAAUGCAGUUAUACUGCUUCUAUUAUCAAACAACUGUUACACCUCUGGGACGAGGCGUCUGUUGUUACACCUCUCUGGGACCUCUGGGACGAGGCGUCUGUUGUUACACCUCUCUGGGACCUCUGGGACGAGGCGUCUGUUGUUACACCUCUCUGGGACCUCUGGGACGAGGCGUCUGUUGUUACACCUCUCUGGGACCUCUGGGACGAGGCGUCUGUUGUUACACCUCUCUAGGACCGCUGGGACGAGGCGUCUGUUGUUACACCUCUCUGGGACGAGGCGUCUGUUACACCUCUCUGGGACCUCUGGGACGAGGCGUCUGUUGUUACACCUCUCUGGUGUUACACCUCUCUGGGACCUCUGGUACGAGGCGUCUGUUGUAACACCUCUGGGACGAGGCGUCUGUUACACCUCUCUGGGACGAGGCGUCUGUUGUUACACCUCUCUGGGACCUCUGGGACGAGGCGUCUGUUGUAACACCUCUAGGACCUCUGGGACGAGGCGUCUGUUGUAACACUUCUGGGACGAGGCAUCUGUUAUACCUCUCUGGGACGAGGCGUCUAUUGUAAAGCAGAAUCACUGAUAUCAACAUCGCCUCGCUUCCCAAAUAACUACUCGUGAUGUCAUCAAGAUGAGCGAUUCUGCUCCUCGCCUUGCUCCAACAUGCUGCCUUGUCUGCAGACUCAGGGCACCGUGACGGCAGUGCAGCUGUAGACCGAGGCAGCCGUAGUGACGCCCUCUGGCCAGCAGGUGCAGACACUCCAGGUAGUGGUGUGACCGCCGGCCUGACUUGUCACAUUAUUAUCACAAUGUCACUCGGUGUCACAGUGUACUGCAUGACCCUCGUCCACCACGAUGACCCAUCUCAGUGCAUGCUAUUAGGCUAUUGCUGAUCUGAACUGCAUUGUCACUUUAAUAAUGUUUACGUCACUUUAAUAAUGUUUACAUAUCUUGCACUACUCAUCUCAUAUGUAUAUACUGCAUUCUAUUCUAUAAUAUUCUACUGUAUCUUAGUCCAUGCCGCUCUGUCAUUGCUUGUCCAUAUAUGUAUAUAUUCUUAAAUUCCAUUCCUUACUAGAUUUGUGUGUAUUGGGUAUAUGUUGUGAAAUUGUUAGAUAUUACUUGUUAGAUAUUACUGCACUGUCGGAGCUAGAAGCACAAGCAUUUCGCUACACCCGGAAUAACAUCUGCUAAACACGUGUAUGUGACAAAUAAAACUCAUUUUUAUGGAGGUAACAUUUUGAAACAAUGAUUCAUCUUACAUAGUGUUGUUCAUCAUCAUCAUUUGACUCUGUUUUCCUGCGUGUCGACUCAAACGCCGGCUCAUUCCAAGUGUGUAUUCAUCAUCAUUUGAUGUCCUAAAAGCAGGAAUGCUUUGGCAGGAAUGUCACUUCAUACGCCUGAAUAGCAUGCAUGGAACUCUGGCUGUGCCACGAAAUGGUUACUUUAUAUGAAGCUAUACAGUGGCUGAUUUGUAUUGACAAAUUAACAACCAAAUGAUGCAAUGAACUUACACCCCCCCCCCCCCCCCCCCCCGUUACAGGUCCAGGGCCAGCCCCUGAUGGUGCAGGUGAGCGGAGGACAGCUGAUCACGUCGUCAGGGCAACCCAUCAUGGUGCAGGCUAUGGGGGGGGGGCAGGGACAGACCAUCAUGCAGGUGCCAGUGUCUGGAGGACAGGGACUGCAACAGGUGAGGAAUGGGAUGGGAGGAAACCAUAGAAAUAUAAUUACUAGAACCCAUUCAAUUCAAUGAGGAUGCAGUCAAAUUGCAAUGGUCUUAUGGGGCUUUUCCCCAUUCUAGUAAUCAUUAUUUCUUUGAGCCAGAGUCGGGAGUUGGAAUGAUAUUAUGAACACGCCAUCAUCUGAUCAUGUUUCACUGUCAGAUCCAGCUACAGGGUGGACAGCAGAUCCAGCUGCAGAACGGUCAGACGAUCCAUCUAGGGGGACAGCAGAUCCAGCUGCAGAACGGCCAGACGUUACAGCUAGGGGGACAGCAGGGUCAGCCCCAACAGAUCAUUAUCCAACAGCCACAACAAGCCAUCACAGCCGGACAGAACCAGGUACACACACACACACACACAGGCAUAUGCACACACAAUCAGUUCAAUUUCCACAUGAUGAACUACAAUGUGUGCAAAUCUCUAGACUGUGUGUUCCUGUAUGUAGGGUCAGCAGUGGCGCCGUACUGUACGGCUGCAGUUUUGCGAGCUCCGACCCAACUUUGCUAUUUUGUGAUUCUUUUGGAGUUUAUUUUUACUUUAUUUUCCCGAAAUGUAUCCACUAUUAUUUCUUAUAACCGACAAUAACUUUUGAAGAACAGAUCGGCAGUUACUUACCUCAAUUCCGGCUUCAACUUCGACUCAUCUGCCCUGGGCUCUUUCUGUAAUUCCAACCCAAUUUUGGGGGUAUUUAUAGGGAUACUUCCCCAGAGUCAGAUAAACUCGUGGGUACCAUUUUUAUGUCUCUGUGUCCAGUAUGAAGGAAGUUCGAAAAAUAGUUUAAUGAGCCAAUGCUGACUAGCAUUAGCGCAAUGACUGGAAGUCUAUGGGUAUCUGCUAGCGUAGACUUCCAGUAGACUUCCAGUCAUUAUGCUAAUGCUAGUUAGCAACUGCGCUAGUUAGCAACUCCCUUCAAACUGCACGCAGAUAUAAAAAUGGUAUCCACGAGUUCAUCUGACUCUGGGGCAGUAGAUAACGGGCCUCAUUGCCAACAUCCCGAAGUAUCCCUUUAAGAGGAAACGCCGGCAUUACAGAGUCCUGGCGAGAUUAAGGCGAAGGGAAAACCGUCUACCUCUUCCCUCCAGUCACUUGAUAAUAAGAUGGAUGACCUCCGAUCGCGGAUUUGCUACCAACGGGACUCUCGUAACUGCAACAUUCUCUGCUUUUCUGAAACAUGGCUUUCGGACAAGAUAUUCCCCAUGGCUAUCCAACUCGAUGGAUUCUCAAUUCACCGACAGGACAGUGGAGUCAGGGAAAUUGGGGGGGGGGGGGGGAAGUUUGCCUCUUCAUCAACAACAAAUGGUGUGCUGACUCGAGCGUAGGGUGUGUGCUCAGCCUCCUCCUGUACUCCCUGUUCACCUACGAAUUGUAUGGCCACGCAUGAUUCCAACUCCAUCAUGUUUGCUGACGACACGACGGUGGUAGGCCUACAGGGAGGUGGUCAGUGACCUGGCAGUGUGGUGCCAGAGGUACCGGUCCAUCAAGUCUGACACCAACAUGCUUCUGAACAGCUUCUAUCCCCAAGCCAUAAGACUGCUAAAUAGCUAACAAAAUGGCUACACGGACUAUCUGAGUUGACACUUGUAUUUUAUUUUUUUAUUUUUGCACUGUCUCUAUACACACUCACAGGACUCUAUACACUCACGCACACUGACAGUCCAACACACACAGACACACACAGUCACAUAACAUGCACACACACUCACAUACAAUCAUCAUAUACACUGCUGCUAUUCUGUUUAUCAUAUAUCCUGAUGCCCAGUCACCGUACCCCUAUACAGUGCCUUCAGAAAGUAUACACACCCCUUGACUUUUUCCACAUUUUGUUGUGUUACAAAGUGGGAUUAAAAUGGAUUUAAUUGUACUUUUUUUGUCAAUGUUCUACACAAAAUAAUCUGUAAUGUCAAAGUGGGAGAAAAAUUUGAACAUUGUAAAAGAUUUAUGAAAAAUAAAACAAAUAUAUCUUGAUUAGAUAAGUAUUCAACCCCCUGAGUCAAUACAUGUUAGAAUCACCUUUUGGGAGUGAUUACAGCUGUGAGUCUUUCUGGGUAAGUCUAAAAGCUUUGCACACCUGUAUUGUACAAUAUUUGCACCUUAUUCUUUUUUAAACUCUUCAAGCUCUGUCAAGUUGGUUGUUGAUCAUCGCUGGACAGCCAUUUUCAAGUCUUGCCAUAGAUUUUCAAGCCAAUUUAAGUAAAAACUGUAACUAGGCCACUCGGGAACAUUCAAUGUCGUCUUGGUAAGCAACUCCAGUGUAGAUUUGGCCUUGUGUUUUAGGUUAUUGUCCUGCUGAAAGGUGAAUUGUUCUACCAGUGUCUGUUGGAAAGCAGACUGAACCAGGUUUUCCUCUAGGAUUUUGCCUGUGCUUAGCUGUAUUCCGUUUCUUUUUAUCAUAAACUCCCUAGUUCUUGCCAAUGAUAAGCAUACCCAUAAAAUGAUGCAGCCACCACCAUGCUUGAAAAUAUGAAGAGUGGUACUCAGUGAUGUGUUGUGUUGGAUUUGACCCAAACAUAGCGCUUUGUAUUCAGGACAUCUUUUGCAGUUUACUUUAGUUCCUUAUUCCAGACAGGAUGCAUGUGUUGGAAUAUUUUUUAUUCUGUAUAGACUUCCUUCUUUUCACUCUGUCAUUUAGGUUAGUAUUCUGUAGUAACUACAAUGUUGUUGAUUCAGCCUCAGUUUUCUCUUAUCACAGCCAUUCAACUCUGUACUCAUGUUGAAAUCCCUGAGUGGUUUCUUUCCUCUCCGGCAACUGAGUUAGAAAGGACACCUGUAUCUUUGUAGUGACUGGGUGUAUUGAUACACCAUCCAAAGUGUAAUUAAUAACUUCACCGUGCUCAAAGGGAUAUUCAAUGUCUGCUUUUUUUUAUUUUUUACCCAUCUACCAAUAGGUUCCCUUCUUUUACGAGGCAUUGGAAAACCUCCACGGUCUUAAGUGGUUGAAUCUGUGUUUGAAAUUCACUGCUCGACUGAGGGACCUUACAGAUAAUUGUAUGUGUGGGGUACAGACAGAGUUGAGGUAGUCAUUCAAUAAUCAUUUUACACACUAUUAGUGCACACAGAGUUAGUCCAUGCAAGUUAUUAUGUGACUCAUUAAGCAAAUUUAGGCUUGCCAUAACAAAGGGGUUGAAUACUUAUUGACUCAAGACAUUUCUGCUUUUCAUUUUUUCUAAAGUUGUAAAAAUGUAUAAAAACUUGGACAUUAUGGGGUAUUUUAAUAUAUAUUAUUAUUAUUAUAUGUAUUAUUUAAAUUCAGGCUGUAACACAACAAAAUUUGGAAAAAGUCAAGGAGUGUGAAUACUUUCUGAAGGCACUGUAUGGUGAGCAAUAUGUUUGGAACAGUCUCGAAUCGCAAUAGCUUUCUAGAAUAAUGAGAAUCGCAAUACAUAUCUUAUCGGCACCUAAGUAUGGUGACAGUAUCGUAUCUUGAGGUCCCUGGCAAUUCCCAGCCGGUGUUGGUGAUCGUGUUCCCACAAGACCCGCUUCUUCUUGUUUUUAGCUGAUAGGAGUGGAAACCGGUGUUGUCUGCCGCAGUAGCCCAUCCAUGACAAGAAUCGACGAGUUGUGCGUGCCGAGAUGCCGUUCUGCACACAACACACUGCGCCGUUAUUUGCCUGUUUGUGGCCCGCCUGUUAGCUUGCACGAUUCUUGCCAUUCUCCUUCGACCUUUCUCAUCAACGAGCCGUUUUCACCCACAGGACUGCCGCUGACAAUGUUUUUUUAUUUAUUUGUCGCAACAUUCUCGGUAAACCCUAGACACUGUCGUGCGUGAAAAGCCCAGGAGGCCGGCUGUUUCUGAGGUACUGGAUCCGGGGCGCCUGGCACCGAUGAUCAUACCACGCUCAGUCACUUAGGUCACUCGUUUUGCCCAUUCUAACGUUCAAUCGAACAGUAACUGAAUGCCUUGAUGCCUGUCUGCCUGCUUUGAUAUAGCAAGCCACGGCCAACGUGACUCACUGUCUGUAGGAGUGAACCAUUUUCGUGAACGGGGUGGUGUACCUAACAAACUGUCCACGGUUUAUACCUUUCCAAUGGCAAAAUCCCGUUGUUGGUUCAGUCUAAUAGGAAUUACAUGUCAGUUUAUACCAUUAAGGAGAUAGAUUGGGGGGUAAGGCCCUAUUCUUGUACAUCAAGUUGUCUCCCGCUACAGAAACAGGAGACUGGCUCCUCCUACUCCUGUGAGACGUUCCCUAGCCAAGGCUCAUGCAACGUACUUUACUUGUAGCCAUAUAUGACCCGGUCCUGUGUGUUCCUACAGGGUCAGCAGAUCCAGCUACAGCAGGGCCAGCAGGUGGGGCAGACAGCCGACGGACAGACCAUCGUCUACCAGCCAAUCAACGCAGACGGCACUAUCCUGCAACAGGGUAUGUUUACAGGACCCGCACACUGAUAUGCAUGCCUACACACACACACACACACACACACACAGACUUUAUUUACACACACACACACACACACACACACACACACACACACACACACAGACACAUUACAGAAGCAUUUCGCUGCCCCUUGUGAUAACAUCUGCAAAUCUGUGUACGCGACCAAUAAACUUUGAUUUUUAUUUGACACAGAUACGAACGCGUGCAACACACAUACACACCUCCAGUAAUAUACAUCCUGUACAUUCUCAAAAGCUGUUAGUUAUAUGCCAUCACAUACUGUACCUUCUGGUGCCGUGAGUGGCACGUCAAUCUGUUUUACUAUAGUAAUGGUGAAGGUGGUGGUGAUAAGGAGGCUUUUUCUCCCCAGGAAUGAUCACCAUCCCAGCAGGCAGCCUGGCGGGAGCCCAGAUGGUACAGGCAGGGGGGGCCAACACCACCACCACCAACAGUGGACAGCAGGGCACUGUGACCGUCACCCUGCCGGUCUCAGGCAACAUGAUGAACACCGGUGGCAUGGUCAUGGUAAGGCCCCCAGCAGAAAUACCCAGACAUCCUGUUACCUGGUUAUUACAGAGCCUGUAGUGUGUUAUUACCUGGUUAUUACAGAGCCUGUAGUGUGUUAUUUCCUGGUCAUUACAGAGCCUGUAGUGUUAUUACCUGGUUAUUACAGAGCCUGUAGUGUGUUAUUACCUGGUUAUUACAGAGCCUGUAGUGUGUUAUUACCUGGUUAUUACAGAGCCUGUAGUGUGUUAUUACCUGGUCAUUACAGAGCCUGUAGUGUGUUAUUACCUGGUUAUUACAGAGCCUGUAGUGUGUUAUUACCUGGCCAUUACAGAGCAUGUAGUGUUAUUACCUGGUUAUUACAGAGCAUGUAGUGUUAUUACCUGGUUAUUACAGAGCCUGUAGUGUUAUUACCUGGUUAUUACAGAGCCUGUAGUGUUAUUACCUGGUUAUUACAGAGCCUGUAGUGUGUUAUUUCCUGGUCAUUACAGAGCCUGUAGUGUGUUAUUACCUGGUCAUUACAGAGCCUGUAGUGUGUUAUUACCUGGUUAUUACAGAGCCUGUAGUGUGUUAUUACCUGGUUAUUACAGAGCCUGUAGUGUGUUAUUACCUGGUCAUUACAGAGCAUGUAGUGUUAUUACCUGGUUAUUACAGAGCAUGUAGUGUUAUUACUGGUUAUUACAGAGCCUGUAGUGUUAUUACCUGGUUAUUACAGAGCCUGUAGUGUUUUACCUGGUUUAUUACAGAGCCUGUAGUGUGUUAUUUCCUGGUCAUUACAGAGCCUGUAGUGUGUUAUUACCUGGUCAUUACAGAGCCUGUAGUGUGUUAUUACCUGGUUAUUACAGAGCCUGUAGUGUGUUAUUACCUGGUUAUUACAGAGCCUGUAGUGUUAUUACCUGGUUAUUACAGAGCCUGUAGUGUUAUUACCUGGUUAUUACAGAGCCUGUAGUGUUAUUACCUGGUUAUUACAGAGCCUGUAGUGUGUUAUUACCUGGUUAUUACAGAGCCUGUAGUGUGUUAUUACCUGGUCAUUACAGAGCAUGUAGUGUUAUUACCUGGUUAUUACAGAGCAUGUAGUGUUAUUACCUGGUUAUUACAGAGCAUGUGGUGUUAUUACCUGGUUAUUACAGAGCCUGUAGUGUUAUUACCUGGUUAUUACAGAGCCUGUAGUGUGUUAUUUCCUGGUCAUUACAGAGCCUGUAGUGUGUUAUUACCUGGUCAUUACAGAGCAUGUAGUGUUAUUACCUGGUUAUUACAGAGCAUGUAGUGUUAUUACCUGUUUAUUACAGAGCCUGUAGUGUUAUUACCUGGUUAUUACAGAGCCUGUAGUGUGUUAUUUCCUGGUCAUUACAGAGCCUGUAGUGUGUUAUUACCUGGUCAUUACAGAGCCUGUAGUGUGUAUUACCUGGUUAUUACAGAGCCUGUAGUGUGUUAUUACCUGGUUAUUACAGAGCCUGUGGUGUGUUAUUACCUGGUUAUUACAGAGCAUGUAGUGUUAUUACCCGGUUAUUACAGAGCCUGUAGUGUUAUUACCUGGUUAUUACAGAGCCUGUAGUGUUAUUACCCGGUUAUUACAGAGCCUGUAGUGUUAUUACCUGGUUAUUACAGAGCCUGUAGUGUGUUAUUACCUGGUUAUUACAGAGCCUGUAGUGUGUUAUUACAGAGCCUGUAGUGUGUUAUUACCUGGUUAUUACAGAGCCUGUAGUGUGUUAUUACCUGGUUAUUACAGAGCCUGUAGUGUGUUAUUACCUGGUUAUUACAGAGCCUGUAGUGUGUUAUUACCUGGUUAUUACAAGAGCCUGUAGUGUGUUAUUACCUGGUUAUUACAGAGCCUGUAGUGUGUUAUUACCUGGUCAUUACAGAGCCUGUAGUGUGUUAUUACCUGGUUAUUACAGAGCCUGUAGUGUGUUAGUACCUGGUUAUUACAGAGCCUGUAGUGUGUUAUUUCCUGGUCAUUACAGAGCCUGUAGUGUGUUAUUACCUGGUCAUUACAGAGCCUGUAGUGUGUUAUUACCUGGUUAUUACAGAGCCUGUAGUGUGUUAUUACCUGGUUAUUACAGAGCCUGUAGUGUGUUAUUACCUGGUUAUUACAGAGCAUGUAGUGUUAUUACCCGGUUAUUACAGAGCCUGUAGUGUUAUUACCUGGUUAUUACAGAGCCUGUAGUGUUAUUACCCGGUUAUUACAGAGCCUGUAGUGUUAUUACCUGGUUAUUACAGAGCCUGUAGUGUGUUAUUACCUGGUUAUUACAGAGCCUGUAGUGUGUUAUUACAGAGCCUGUAGUGUGUUAUUACCUGGUUAUUACAGAGCCUGUAGGUGUUAUUACCCUGGUUAUUACAGAGCCUGUAGUGUGUUAUUACCUGGUUAUUACAGAGCCUGUAGUGUGUUAUUACCUGGUUAUUACAGAGCCUGUAGUGUGUUAUUACCUGGUUAUUACAGAGCCUGUAGUGUGUUAUUACCUGGUCAUUACAGAGCCUGUAGUGUGUUAUUACCUGGUUAUUACAGAGCCUGUAGUGUGUUAGUACCUGGUUAUUACAGAGCCUGUAGUGUGUUAUUUCCUGGUCAUUACAGAGCCUGUAGUGUGUUAUUACCUGGUCAUUACAGAGCCUGUAGUGUGUUAUUACCUGGUUAUUACAGAGCCUGUAGUGUGUUAGUACCUGGUUAUUACAGAGCCUGUAGUGUGUUAUUUCCUGGUCAUUACAGAGCCUGUAGUGUGUUAUUACCUGGUCAUUACAGAGCCUGUAGUGUGUUAUUACCUGGUUAUUACAGAGCCUGUAGUGUGUUAUUACCUGGUUAUUACAGAGCCUGUAGUGUGUUAUUACCUGGUUAUUACAGAGCAUGUAGUGUUAUUACCCGGUUAUUACAGAGCCUGUAGUGUUAUUACCUGGUUAUUACAGAGCCUGUAGUGUUAUUACCCGGUUAUUACAGAGCCUGUAGUGUUAUUACCUGGUUAUUACAGAGCCUGUAGUGUGUUAUUACCUGGUUAUUACAGAGCCUGUAGUGUGUUAUUACAGAGCCUGUAGUGUGUUAUUACCUGGUUAUUACAGAGCCUGUAGUGUGUUAUUACCUGGUUAUUACAGAGCCUGUAGUGUGUCAUUACCUGGUUAUUACAGAGCCUGUAGUGUGUUAUUACCUGGUUAUUACAGAGUCUGUAGUGUGUUAUUACCUGGUUAUUACAGAGCCUGUAGUGUGUUAUUACCUGGUCAUUACAGAGCCUGUAGUGUGUUAUUACCUGGUUAUUACAGAGCCUGUAGUGUGUUAGUACCUGGUUAUUACAGAGCCUGUAGUGUGUUAUUUCCUGGUCAUUACAGAGCCUGUAGUGUGUUAUUACCUGGUCAUUACAGAGCCUGUAGUGUGUUAUUACCUGGUUAUUACAGAGCCUGUAGUGUGUUAGUACCUGGUUAUUACAGAGCCUGUAGUGUGUUAUUUCCUGGUUAUUACAGAGCCUGUAGUGUGUUAUUACCUGGUCAUUACAGAGCCUGUAGUAUGUUUAUUAAUAGAUCCAAACUGAAUCCGCCCACACACAAUUCUUACCUAGACUCAGUAAGGUGUUGGGCAUAGAAUGAGAUAUUACACUAUACUUUAUCUCUAUGGUAUGGGGUGUUUUAUUGGAGAUAAUUGUCUCUGUCAGGCACAUGCGAUGUGUGUGUUUGUUAGUCAGAUAUUCUAUGCGGUGUCUCCCCCCCCCCCCCCAUCUCUCUCCUCUCUGCACGAGGCUCUAACUAGUAUGUAUCUCCCUCUCUCUCCCUGCUAGAUGAUGCCUAGUGGGGGUGCGGUGCCUGCUAUGCAGCGUAUCCCUCUACCCGGGGCUGAGAUGUUAGAGGAGGAACCGCUGUACGUCAACGCUAAACAGUACCAUCGCAUCCUGAAGAGAAGACAGGCCCGCGCCAAGCUGGAGGCAGAGGGAAAGAUUCCCAAGGAGAGGAGGGUGAGUAGCCUGGUUUAGGUUAGGACUUCAAAUCAAAUGUUAUUUGUCAGAUGCUUCGUAAACAACCGGUGUAGACUAACAGUGAAAUGCUUACAGGCUCUUCCCAACGAUGACGAGCGAGAAAUUAAAUAGAAAAUAGUAACACAAGGAAUAAAUACACAAUGAGUAACGAUAACUUGGCUACAUACACAGGGUACUAGUACCGAGUUGAGGUAGAUAUGUACAUACAGUGCUUCUGAAAGUAUUCAGACCCCUUGACUUUUUCCACUAUUUGUUACAUUACAGCCUUAUUCUGAAAUUGAUUUAAAUAGUUUUUUCCCCCUCAUCAAUCUACACACAAUAAUGACAAAACAAAAACAGGUGUUUUUUUUGCAAAUGUAUUACAAAUAAAACACGGAAAUAUAACAUUUAUAUAAGUAUUCAGACCCUUUACGCAGUACUUUUGUUGAAGCACCUUUGGCAGCGAUUACAGCAUAUAGUCUUCUUGGGUAUGACGCUACAAGCUUGGCACACCUGUAUUUGGGGAGUUUCUCCUGUUCUUCUCUGCAGAUCCUCUCAAACUCUGUCAGGUUAGAUGGGGAGCGUUGCUGCACAGCUGUUUUCAGGUCUCUCCAGAGAUGUUCGAUUGGGUUCAUGUCUGGGCUCUGGCUGGGCCACUCAAGGACAUUCAGAAACUUGUCCAGAAGCCACUCCUGCUUUGUCUUGGCUGUGUGCUUAGGGUCGUUGUCCUGUUGGAAGGUGAACCUUCGCCCCAGUCUGAAGUACUGAGCGCUCUGGAUCAGGUUUUCAUCAAGGAUCUCUCUGUACUUUGCUCCGUUAAUCUUUCCCUCGAUCCUGACUAGUCUCCCAGUCCCUGCCGCUGAAAAACAUCCCCACAGCAUGAUGCUGCCACCACCAUGCUUCACCGUAGGGAUGGUGCCAGGUUUCCUUCAGACGUGACACUUGGCAUUCAGGCCAAAGAGUUCAAUCUUGGUUUCAUCAGACCAGAGAAUCUUGUUUCUCGUGGUCUGAGAGUCUUUAGGUGCCUUUUGGCAAACUCCAAGCGGGCUGUCAUGUGCCUUUUACUGAGGCGUGGCUUCCGUCUGGCCACUCUACCAUAAAGGCCUGAUUGGUGGAGUGCUGCAUAGAUGGUUGUCCUUCUGGAAGGUUCUCCCAUCUCCACAGAGGAACUCUGGAGCUCUGUCAGGGUGACCAUCAGGUUCUUGAUCACUUCCCUGACCAAGGUCCUUCUCCCGAGAUUGCUCAGUUUGGCCGGGCGACCUGUUCUAGGAAGAGUCUUGGUGGUUCCAAACCUUCGUCCAUUUAAGAAUGAUGGAGGCCACUGUGUUCUCGGGGACUUUCAAUGAGGCCGAAAUGUUUUUGUACCCUUCCCCAGAUCUGUGCUUCGACACAAUCCUGUCUCUGAGCUCUUCUGACAAUUCCUUUGACCUCAUGGCUUGGUUUUUGCUCUGACAUGCACUGUCAACUGUGGGAUCUUAUAUAGACAGGUGUGUGCCUUUCCAAAUCAUGUCCAAUCAAUUGAAUUUACCACAGGUGGACUCCAAUCAAGUUGUAGAAACAUCUCAAGGAUGAUCAAUGGAAACAGGAUGCACCUGAGCUCAAUUUCGAGUCUCAUAGCAAAGGGUCUGAAUACUUAUGUAAAUAAGGUAUUUCUGUUUAUUUUUAACACAUUUGCUAAAACGUCUAAACUGUUUUUGAGGUACUCUGUGUAGAUUGAGGGAAAAAAUAUAUUUAAUCCAUUUUAGAAUAAGGCUGUAACGUAACAAAAUGUGGAAAAAGUCAAGGGGUCUGAAUACUUUCCGAAGGCACUGUAUAGGUAGGGAUAAAGUGACUAGGCAACAGAAUAGAUAAUAAACAGUAGCAGCAGCCUAUGUGACGAGUCAAGAGUUAUUGCAAAAAUGAUCAAUGCAGAUAGUCCGGGUAGCUAUUGGUUAACUAUUUAACUAACUAUUUAGCAGUCUUAUGGCUUGCCGUGCGUGCAGUCUUUUACAAUUUUUUAGGGCCUUCCUCUGACACCGUCUGGUAUAGAAGUCCUGGAUGGCAGGGACCUUGGCCCCAGUGAUGUACUGGGCCGUACGCACUAACCCUCUGUAGCGCCUUGCGGUCAGAUGCCAAGCAGUUGCCAUACCAAGCAGUGAUGCAGCCAGUCAAGAUGCUUUCAAUAGUGCAGCUAUAUAACUUUUUUGAGGAUCUAAGCGCCCAUGACAAAUCUUUUCAGCCUCCUGAGAGAGAAGAGGCGUUGUCGUGCCUUUUUCACGACUGUGUUGGUGUGUGUGUGUGGACCAUGAUCAUUCAUUACUUCUGGAUCGUGAAUCGGAAGCUACACACUUAUCUCUCAGCCUCCCAGAUCUUGAAUACUACAUUCGCUCAUUUGUUCCCCGCACAGCGGGCUUACCUGUUGCUCCUGGCCAAGAUGACCUAAGGCAACGCCGACGACGAGGAAGUAUUCUGAUGGCUAAUGUCCAAUCGUUGGAACUCAGAGCAAGGCUUCAAACGCAAAGGGACAUCAGGGAAUGUCUUUGUUUUUACUGAGACUUGGCUUACGGACAACACACUCGACUCUGCUAUUCAACCAGACGUCUUCUCCAUAUUCCAAAUGGCUCGAACGGUGGCUUCUGGUAAAGAGUCGGUCGGAAGGGGAAUGUUUCCUCAAACAAUUCCUAGUGUACCGAAGUAGAAAACAUUGCGAGCUCCUGUUCACCCGUCCUGGAGUUUCUGAUGCUAAAAUGCCGACCCCCACUAUAUGCCGAGGGAAUUCACGUGUGUUAUUAUCACAGCUGGGUACAUACCGCCACAAGCAAACACCAAGGCGGUACUCAGCAAACUGUACAAGAACAUUAGCCAUUACGAAUCCUCUCACCCAGAAGCAGUCUUUGUCACGGGUGACUUUAACCAAGCCCGUAAAAACUUUUGACAAAAUAUCACCAACAUGUAUCCUUCCCCACAAGAGGAUCCGCCGUGCUUGACCAUGUAUACACAAACAUCCGCGACGCGUACAAAUCCAUCCCCCUCCCUCACUUCGGCCAAUCAGAUCACGUCUCUCUGUUCCAACUCGAGGGAGCCACCAACACAGAGAAUAGUGAGGCGCUGGACAGAGGAGGCAGACUCAAUGCUGCAGGAUUGUUUUGAGAAUACUGAUUGAACAUACAGUGGGGAAAAAAAGUAUUUAGUCAGCCACCAAUUGUGCAGCGCCAAAUCCUGCAGCGCCAGACGUGUCCCCCUGCUUAAGCCAGUACAUGUCCAGGCCCAUCUGAAGUUUGCUAGAGUGCAUUUGGAUGAUCCAGAAGAGGAUUGGGAGAAUGUCAUAUGGUCAGAUGAAACCAAAAUAGAACUUUUUGGUAAAAACUCAACUCGUCGUGUUUGGAGGACAAAGAAUGCUGAGUUGCAUCCAAAGAACACCAUACCUACUGUGAAGCAUGGGGGUGGAAACAUCAUGCUUUGGGGCUGUUUUUCUGCAAAGGGACCAGGACGACUGAUCCGUGUAAAGGAAAGAAUGAAUGGGGCCAUGUAUCGUGAGAUUUUGAGUGAAAACCUCCUUCCAUCAGCAAGGGCAUUGAAGAUGAAACGUGGCUGGGUCUUUCAGCAUGACAAUGAUCCCAAACACACCGCCCGGGCAACGAAGGAGUGGCUUCGUAAGAAGCAUUUCAAGGUCCUGGAGUGGCCUAGCCAGUCUCCAGAUCUCAACCCCAUAGAAAAUCUUUGGAGGGAGUUGAAAGUCUGUGUUGCCCAGCGACAGCCCCAAAACAUCACUGCUCUAGAGGAGAUCUGCAUGGAGGAAUGGGCCAAAAUACCAGCAACAGUGUGUGAAAACCUUGUGAAGACUUACAGAAAACGUUUGACCUGUGUCAUUGCCAACAAAGGGUACAGUGGGGGAAAAAAGUAUUUAGUCAGCCACCAAUUGUGCAAGUUCUCCCACUUAAAAAGAUGAGAGAGGCCUGUAAUGUUCAUCAUAGGUACACGUCAACUAUGACAGACAAAUUGAGGAAAAAAAAUCCAGAAAAUCACAUUGUAGGAUUUUUAAUGAAUUGAUUUGCAAAUUAUGGUGGAAAAUAAGUAUUUGGUCACCUACAAACAAGCAAGAUUUCUGGCUCUCACAGACCUGUAACUUCUUCUUUAAGAGGCUCCUCUGUCCUCCACUCGUUACCUGUAUUAAUGGCACCUGUUUGAACUUGUUAUCAGUAUAAAAGACACCUGUCCACAACCUCAAACAGUCACACUCCAAACAUCACUAUGGCCAAGACCAAAGGGCUGUCAAAGGACACCAGAAACAAAAUUGUACACCUGCACCAGGCUGGGAAGACUGAAUCUGCAAUAGGUAAGCAGCUUGGUUUGAAGAAAUCAACUGUGGGAGCAAUUAUUAGGAAAUGGAAGACAUACAAGACCACUGAUAAUCUCCCUCGAUCUGUGGCUCCACGCAAGAUCUCACCCCGUGGGGUCAAAAUGAUCACAAGAACGGUGAGCAAAAAUCCCAGAACCACACGGGGGGACCUAGUGAAUGACCUGCAGAGAGCUGGGACCAAAGUAACAAAGCCUACCAUCAGUAACACACUACGCCGCCAGGGACUCAAAUCCUGCAGUGCCAGACGUGUCCCCCUGCUUAAGCCAGUACAUGUCCAGGCCCGUCUGAAGUUUGCUAGAGUGCAUUUGGAUGAUCCAGAAGAGGAUUGGGAGAAUGUCAUAUGGUCAGAUGAAACCAAAAUAGAACUUUUUGGUAAAAACUCAACUCGUCGUGUUUGGAGGACAAAGAAUGCUGAGUUGCAUCCAAAGAACACCAUACCUACUGUGAAGCAUGGGGGUGGAAACAUCAUGCUUUGGGGCUGUUUUUCUGCAAAGGGACCAGGACGACUGAUCCGUGUAAAGGAAAGAAUGAAUGGGGCCAUGUAUCGUGAGAUUUUGAGUGAAAACCUCCUUCCAUCAGCAAGGGCAUUGAAAAUGAAACGUGGCUGGGUCUUUCAGCAUGACAAUGAUCCCAAACACACCGCCCGGGCAACGAAGGAGUGGCUUCGUAAGAAGCAUUUCAAGGUCCUGGAGUGGCCUAGCCAGUCUCCAGAUCUCAACCCCAUAGAAAAUCUUUGGAGGCAGUUGAAAGUCCGUGUUGCCCAUCGAGAAACAUCACUGCUCUAGAGGAGAUCUGCAUGGAGGAAUGGGCCAAAAUACCAGCAACAGUGUGUGAAGACUUACAGAAAACGUUUGACCUGUGUCAUUGCCAACAAAGGGUAUAUAAUAAAGUAUUGAGAAACUUUUGUUAUUGACCAAAUACUUAUUUUCCACCAUAAUUUGCAAAUAAAUUCAUAAAAAAUCCUACAAUGUGAUUUUCUGGAUUUUUUUCCCUUAUUUUGUCUGUCAUAGUUGACAUGUACCUAUGAUGAAAAUUACAGGCCUCUCUCAUCUUUUUAAGUGGGAGAACUUGCACAAUUGGUGGCUGACUAAAUACUUUUCCCCCCCACUGUAUAUAACAAAGUAUUGAGAAACUUUUGUUAUUGACCAAAUACUUAUUUUCCACCAUAAUUUGCUAAUAAAUUCAUUAAAAAUCCUACAAUGUGAUUUUCUGGAUUUUUUUUCCUCAUUUUGUCUGUCAUAGUUGACGUGUACCUAUGAUGAAAAUUACAGGCCUCUCAUCUUUUUAAGUGGGAGAACUUGCACAAUUGGUGGCUGACUAAAUACUUUUUUUCCCCACUGUAUUUCAAAGAUUCAUCCACCCAGUACUCAUCCAUCAACAUUGAGGAAUAUACAUCGUCAGUCACAGGCUUCAUUAGGAAAUGUGUUGAUGACAUUGUACCCACACCAAAAACCCUGGAUGAACGGAGAUAUCCAUACAAUGCUGAGAGCCCGUACUGCAGCAUUCAGUGUCAGCAGAACGAACCCCGACAACUCGUUGGCGCGCAAUGCCAAAUUACCUGGGCCCUCAGAUCCUCAAAAAGUUCUACAGAUGUGUACGAGCUCCGUAAAUCCAUUAGGGACGCAAAAAGACAAUACAGACUCAAACUUGAAUGGAUGUUCGACAACUCAGACUUGCUUCACAUGUGGAAAAGGACUACAGACUUUCACAGACUACAAAAGGGAAAAUUCAGCUGUACGGUGCCCACCGAAGCCUCUCUACCAGAUGAGCUUCGAGGUAGACAAUACCGAGCCAUCCAGGAAGACUCUCACCGCUCCGACGACCAGGUGCUUUCGCUCUCCGAGGCUGACGUGAGGCAGGGUUUCCGUCAACUGGUAAAUGACGGCUUUUGGCCGAUUGAAAUGAGAAGCCGAUAAAUAAAAUCCAUAGCAAAAUAAUGCUUUUUAUUAAUUGAUGGAAAUACCAGUCGAUGUGCUCCAACUUCAAAGGCAAAUCUACUUCAUAGGAUAAUAAAUCCUCAAUUAUGAGGACCUCAAAUUAGUGUCGUGUGUGUUUCUAUAUUUACUCACGCAAAAGACGCGAGGUCCUCAUAAGGGACUUCAGCUAAGUGUACCCCGACUGGGUAAAUCAUAAGGGACUUCAGCUAAGUGUACCCCGACUGGGCAAAAUUGGUAAAGAUAGUGUUGAUUAUUCCAGUGUGCCUGCCGAGGAGAUUCUUUCUCCAAAACAGAGUAAAGACGGCCUUAAGAUCGCGCUUUCUUGAGGACAAAGUAAUGAGGCUGAUGUGCAUCAAGCUGCUCCAAGGAGUUGGACAGUUUUUGACUUCUCAACAGCAGCGGCUCACUUUGAGCAGGCCAAGGUCUGCCGCAAACGCAAGUAAAUUAAAGGCAAAUGAUUGUGUUCGUCAGACCCGGUCCUAGCAGUUCUGCUGCCGCCCUAGGCAAGAUCAACAUAUGCCGCUCGUGUGUCAUGUAGAGCAUUGGUUCCUAUAUAUUUGUAAUAGUAUAAUGCACAAGGUGCAAUUUCUAAAUUGGGUAUUGUAUCAUCAGUGCCUCUUGUCCUGUCAGUCAUUGCAGACCUUAGAGAGCUAUUUAUAACUUAUCAGAAAUGCCCAGAUCAACUAGCCCAUGUCAGCAAUAAAAAAAAAAAAAUAUGUUUUCAAUUUUUUUAUAGAUAUUGUUGUAAUUAUUUAGUCACUCAAAUAUCACAUGAAUACACAUUAGAUAUGGCAAAAUGUAUAGAAUUGCAAGAACAUUUGGUUUAAAACUGCAAAAUGUUCUUUGCACCACAUGACAAAAUGUGUAGAAUUGCAAGAAAAUUUGGUUUAAAACUUCAAAAUGUUCUUUGCACCACAUGACAAAAUGUGUAGAAUUGCAAGAAAAUUUGGUUUAAAACUGCAAAAUGUUCUUUGCACCACAUGACAAAAUGUGUAGAAUUGCAAGAAAAUUUGAUUUAAAACUGCAAAAUGUUCUUUGCACCACAUGACAAAAUGUGUAGAAUUGCAAGAAAAUUUGGUUUAAAAUGGCAAAAUGUUCUUUGCACCACAUGACAAAAUGUGUAGAAUUGCAAGAAAAUUUGGUUUAAAACUGCAAAAUGUUCUUUGCACCACAUGACAAAAUGUGUAGAAUUGCAAGAAAAGUUGGUUUAAAACUGCAAAAUGUUCUUUGCACCACAUAACAAAAUGUGUAGAAUUGCAGGAAAUAAGCUUUAAAACUAAAAUAUUCCCCAAUGCUGGAAGGGUGAAAAUGUUUGGGAACCCCUAAUGUAGAGUAUUGAUGUGCAAUUGGUGCAUUUCAGUUGAGCUUAUUCAGUAGCACUUUCCAACUAUUCACAUCGGAGAGUUCCAAUAUUGCAAUCACUAGGCAGCCAACUGUAGUAGGAAACAGAGUUGUUAUCAAUAAGCCAUGUAUAUCACACAUGAUACGAGUCAUGACCCCACGAUAGGUCAAAUUACAAUAAACAUAACGUUUAGUAACAUCAUCCAGUAGAACUGUAAAAAGAUUGAAAUAUAAUUUGAGUUUUGGAAACAAGUGCUUUAAUAAAUGCAAUAAAACAUCAGUUUUAUAAUUUCUUCAUUUUGUGGCUGCCUAGAGUGUCCUCUUUCCACUGUUGUGGUGCUGAAUCCCUUCUAGCCAUGAUCGGCUGGCCAUGGUGUUCGUAGACAGCCAUGUUGUAUUAUUUAUUAGGCCUAAUUAAAAUAGGCUAAAUUAAAUUAGAGGCCUAGAUUAUAUUUGAAAAAAGCUGUUAUGUUAUUUAUUAAUAAACUAUUUCAUACAAAUAGCCUAUAGGACAGGUUGUGCGCAAAUUAUAUUAUACAAAUAUAAUAUUUCGAAGUUUUGUAUUACUCUGUAGGCGACUUGUUCUUCUAGGCUAAACAUUUUUACUUAAAAAAAAAAAGAAGAUAUUAAUUAAUGAUUCAUAGCAGGGAUGAAGAGCGUCUGCUAAAUGACUUAAAUGUAAAAUGUAAUGAAGACACAACGGACAAUGUUUUGCUUUUUAAUAAAACCUGUCAUGUUGGUAUAAGAACAUCGUUACACUUUUUAUUUUAUUACAACUUUACAGGCUAAUUUCUAUUCUGUUAAAAUGAAUUACAAUCAUCUAAAUGUGAUUUUGAGCACCGAGGGUGGACGCCCUAAUGCGUUAUGCACCCAAUGCAUAUGGAUGUCCAGUACAUUUCUAACAUUUCCGGUAAAUCUAAAUCUUGCCUGUUACGUUGUCCGCCGCCUUGACGUGAGGGAAAACUCUCGAGUGAAUACUCACAAAGCCGCCGGCCCAGAUGGCAUCCCUGCCGUGUCCUCAGCCCAGAUGGCAUCCCUGCCGUGUCCUCAGAGUAUGUGCUGACAAGCUGGCGGGCGUCUUCUCUGACUUCUUCAACCCUGCCCCUGUCCCAGGCUGUAGUCCCCAUCCGCUUUAAGGAGACCACCAUCGUCCCAGUGCCCAAGAAAACCAAGGUGACAUGCCCAAAUGACUAUCGCCCCGCCCGUGCUCACCUCGGUCAUCAUGAAGUGAUUUGAGAGGCUGGUCAUGGCUCACAUCAAGGCCAGCAUGCCAGGCACACUGGACCCACUCCAAUUUAGCCUACCGCUUCAACAGAUCCACGGAAGAUGCCAUCGCUAUUCACACGGCCGUAACACAUCUGGACAAGAGGAACAUCUAUGUGAGAAUGCUGUUAAUUUGACUACAGUUCAGCAUUCAACACUAUUGUUCCCUCCAAGGUCAUCACCAAGCUCAGAGCCCCUGGGUCUGGACACCACCCUCUGCAACUGGAUCCUGGAAUUCCUGACGGGCAGACCACAGGCUGUGAGGAUUGGCAACAAAACCUCCUCCACACUGGCUCUUAAAACAGGGCCCCCCCCCCCCAGGGGUGUGUCCUCAGCCCUUUGCUGUACUCACUGUUCACCCACGUCUGCGUGGCUUUGCACGACACCAACUGCAUCAUCAAGUUUGCUGAUGACACCACUGUUGUAGGCCUGAUAACCAACAAUGACGAGUCAGCCUAUAGGGAGGAGGCAACUGAACUGGCAGCCUAUAGGGAGGAGGUAAGUGAACUGGCAUUAUGGGGUCAUGACAACAACCUGUCCCUCAACGUCAUCAGAACAAAGGAGUUGAUUGUUGACUUCAGGAAGCAGUGGAGGAAACAACGCAAUCCACCUCAAUGGGUCGGUAGUAGAGAGAGUGACGAGUUAAGUUCCUCUGCGUCCACAUUACUGAGGGCUUGUCAUGGACUAACAACACCACCAACUCUUGACGAGGGUGCAACAGUAUCGCUACUUCCUAAGGCGGCUGAAUGAAGAAAUUCGGCAUGUCGCCCCAGGUCCUCUCCAAAUACUAUCACAGCACCACCGAGAGUGUCCCCAACCACGAGCUGUUCUCUCCCUUGUCAUCGGAGCAUGAGGUCUGAUACGAACAGCCUCAGAGACUGUUUCUAUCUUCAAGCCAUCAGACUGCUGAACACAACUGGACUGACCACCUGCUCUGAUUCUCUGCACCUUAGCAAACCUCACAACUGCUGCUACCAGACCCUUAUUAUACUGCCCCUUCCCCAAUACGCAUGUAAAUAUUGUACUAUAAAUUGUGCCUUCCUGUAUUAUACUUAUGCAGAGGGAAGUGUUCAGUCCCAAGGUCCUGAGCUUAGUGAUGAGCUCGGAGGGCACUAUGGUGCUGAACGCGGAGCUAUAGUCAAUGAAUAGCGUUCUCACUUAGGUGUUCCUCUUGUUCAGCUGGGAGAGGGCAGUGUGGAGCGCAAUUGAGAUUGCGUCUAUGGAUCUGUUGGGGCGGUAUGCGAAUUGGAUUGGGUCCGGGAUGAUGGUGUUGAUUUUGAGCCCUGACCAGCCUUUCAAAGCAUUUCAUGGCUACAGAUGUGAGUGCUAUGGGGCGAUAGUCAUUUAGACAGGUUACCUUGGUGUUCUUGGGCACAGGGACUAUGGUGGUCUGCUUGAAACAUGUAGGUAUUACAGACUGUGUCAGGGAGAGGUUGAACAUGUCAGACCAUGCUCCGAGUAUGCGCCUUGGUAAUUUGUCUGACCCCGCAGCAUUGAGAAUGUAUUUUUUAUUUUUGUGAACAAAUUUCUAUUUAGUUUUGCCUUGUGAAUGUUAACCUGUUUUAAAGGUCUAACUCAUGUUGGCUAUGGAGAGCGAGAUCACACAGUCGUCCAGGACAACUAGUGCUCUCAUGCACAGUUCAGUGUUGCUUGCCUCAAAGCGAGCGGAGAAGGAAUUUAGCUUGUCUGGUAGGCUCGGGUCACUGGGCAGCUCGCGGCUGGGUUUCUCUUUGUAAUCUGUGAUAGUUUGCAAGCCACAUCCGACGAGCGUCAAGUUAGAGUAUGAUGACAGGCUAGAGGCUGAGAGAAAGAAAGAAGGAUGAGUCAGCUUUCUGAAGGCCUCUCAUUAUGGAGUAUGGAAAUGUAUUAUGUUCUUCUGAUGCUCGACUGAGAACAUAUCUUAGUGUUGUUAGUGACUAACAUCUGUCUUUCUCUGUUUUGCAGAAAUACCUGCACGAGUCCCGUCACCGUCACGCCAUGCAGCGCAAGAGGGGAGACGGAGGACGCUUCUUCUCUCCCAAGGAGAGGGAGGAGAUGGCUCUGGCCCUGGCCCAGGUAGGAGAGGGGGUGAGGGGGAGAGAGGGAGGGGAUGAGUUGAGGUCCUAUUGGAAAAAUAAUAAAUGGAAAUAUCACAUUUACAUAAAUAUUCAGACCCUUUACGCAGUACUUUGUUGAAGCACCUUUGGCAGUGAUUACAGCCUCGAGUCUUCUUGUGUAUGACACUACAAGCUUGGCACACCUGUAUUUGGGGAGUUUCUCCCAUUCUUCUCUGCAGAUCCUCUCAAGCUCUGUCAGGUUGGAUGGGGAGCGUUGCUGCAACGCUAUUUUCAGGUCUCUCUAGAGAUGUUCGGUCGGGUUCAAGUCCGGGCUCUGGCUGGGCCACUCAAGGACAUUCAGAGACCUAUCCCGAAGUCACUCCUGCGUUGUCUUGGCUGUGUGCUUAGGGUCGUUGUCCUGUUGGAAGGUGAACCUUCGCCCCAGUCUGAGGUCCUGAGCGCUCUGGAGCAGGUUUUCAUCAAGGAUCUCUCUGUACUUUGCGCCGUUCAUCUUUCCCUCGAUCCUGACUAGUCUCCCAGUCCCUGCCGCUGAAAAACACCCCCACAGCAUGAUGCUGCCACCACCAUGCUUCACCGUAGGGAUGGUGCCAGGUUUCCUCCAGACGUGGCGCUUGGCAUUAAGUCCAAAGAAUUCAAUCUUGGUUUCAUCAGACCAGAGAAUCUUGUUUCUCAUGGUCUGAGAGUCCUUUAGGUGCCUUUUGGCAAACUCCAAGCAGGCUGUCAUGUGCCUUUUACUGAGGAGUGGCUUUCUUCUGGCCACUCUACCAUAAAGGGUUGAUUGGUGUUGUGCUGCAGAGAUGGUUGUCCUUCUGGAAUGUUCUCCCAUCUCCACAGAGGAACUCUGGAGCUCUGUCAGAGUGACCAUCGGGUUCCUGGUCACCUCCCUGACCAAGGCCCUUCUCCGCCGAUUGGCGGCCAGCUCUAGGAAGAGUCUACGGACAAUUCCUUCGACCUCAUGGCUUGGUUUUUGCUCUGACAUGCACUGUCAACUGUGGGAUCUUAUAUAGACAGAUGUGUGCCUUUCCAAAUCAUGUGCAAUACAAUUGAAUUUACCACAGGUGGACUCCAAGUUGUAGAAAGGAUGAUGAAUGGAAACAGGAUGCACCUGAGCUCAAUUUCGAGUCUCAUAGCAAAGGGUCUGAAUACUUAUGUAAAUAAGGUAUUGUUUUUAUUUUUAAUAAAUGUGCAAAACAAUCUAAAAACCUGUUUUCGCUUUGUCAUUAUGGGGUAUCGUGUGUAGAUUGAUGAGGAAAUUGUUUUAUUUAAUCCAUUUUAGAAUAAGGCUGUAACGUAACAAAAUGUGGAAAAAGUCAAGGGGUCUGAACACUUUCCGAAUGCACUGUACAUGAUGUUAUAGAAUGUACACGAUACAUGUUUAGGUUGCAUGUGUUAACUGGUACCUUCAUCCUUCCCCUCUCUCUCUCCUUCUCUCCCUCAGCAACAGGCAGAGCUGGCCACCCAGGCAGGAGAAGACGGCGUAGCCCAGAUGGUCCGAGUCUCUUAG